AUGGAGGAGUACAACCUGCAAAAACGUUUGAAGAAGGGGAUAAAGGACCUCAAGGAUGAGCUCCUGGUCAUACAAGCUGCACUCCUGAAGGUGUCUGACGUGCCACUAGACCAGCUUGAUCCUCUGGUCAAAAUUUGGGCAAACGAUGUCAGGGACCUGUCCUGUGCCGUCGUGGACAGCCUUGACUCCUUCAUGGUGCGUGUUGAAGGUGUUGAGCCUACCAAGCCACACGCAUUCUACGGGUUCAUCAAAAAGACCUGCAAGAAGGGCACCAAGCUCAAGAUUCGUCGCAAAAGAGCCAACAACAUCAAAGACGUCAAGAUCCAAGUUAGGAAGGUGAAGGAGCGGUAUGACAGAUACAAAGAUGUUAUUGGUAAUAAUACUAAUCCCAGAACGGAAGUCGACCCACGUCUCUUGGCCAUGUACACCAAAGUAUCUGACCUUGGUGGCAUUGAAAAGUUAAUGGAUGAGCUAACAGAGAGGUUGUGUAAGGGCGAUGAUCCGUCUGGUGAAAAGCUCAAGGUUGUCUCCAUUGUUGGAUUUGGAGGAUUGGGCAAGACAACUCCUGCUCAAGUCGUGUAUGACAAGCUUAAAAAUAGUUUUGAUUGUGGGGUUUUUGUUUCAGUCGGUCAAAGUCCAGACAUAAAGAAAGUUCUCAGGGAUAUCCUCCUUGAACUUCACAGGAAGCUGUACAAAGCUUCAGCAACAAUGGAUGAAUGGCAGCUGAUCAACCAGCUGCAGACUUUCCUAGUAGGCAAGAGGUAUGCAUUUUUACCCUAUGCUAGCGCCAUGCAUGCUUUAUGUUGUGAUAACAUGUAA